UGGAGGAGUUAUAGUAUUCGAUAAGUCUGUGACUGAUACAUUGUACAAGAUAAAAAUUUCUUCACGAAUUACAUUUGUAAUUUUGUUAAUUUUGUUUGCAAAAUAUGAUGAUUUUGCCGAAUAUUCCAUGUUGAAUAAUUAG